AUGGAAGCCAGGGGCACGGGCAGGGCUCGGGGUUACCUGGGAACCGCGGCCGCAGCGCCCGCGGCGCUGCUGUUCCAGCUUCAGUUGCGUGGAGACCGCGAUCCUCGAUUCCCGAGAGAGAAGCUCAACAAGAAUGAGGCCAGUGCUGGGGAGAGUAGUCUGCCCAGAAUUGGCCCAUUUCUACCCACGAGUGAGACUGGUCAGAAGCAGCUCUUGAGCAGCUCAGAGCAGAGGUGGCUGAGCUACUGUUUCCCCAGUGUGGCCUGGGCAGACGUGCUCACCCAGAGUCUGUCCUUCACUGGGGAUCAGAAGCUGGUGUUUCAGAACUUCGUGGCUCAUGAAGUCUCUGAAAUGGAACUGUCUCUCACAAAUGAGAGCAAGUGUGUUCAGCUGGUGCAGGUCUCCAUGCAGAGCUCACCUUGUUUCAGGCUGGUGUGCCCCAACGAGGCGUACCGUGCUGUGCCGCGAGGUGCGACUGCCCGUGUGCGCAUUCAGUUCACCCCCAACGAGAGCAAGGAUUAUUCCCAUGAGCUUGUCUGCAUGACUAAAACAGAAAGGAUAGUUGUGCCAAUCCGGGCCAUUGCUGCCCGAGCUAUCCUGAACAUCCCAGACCAGCUGAACUUCUCGGAGUGUCCAGUCAAGAGCAGCACCAAGAGGACUCUGCUGCUUCGAAACACUGGCAGCCUGGAGGCUCAUUACUACAUCAGCACCCAGAGUCCUUUCUCCGUGGUUCCGGCCAUGGGAGCUCUGGGUGCUGGUGACAGCGUGCAGGUGACAGUGGGAUUUCACCCACUGACCACUGGUGCCCAUUUUGGGUCCAUGGUAGUGAGCUACAACACAGGUGAAGAAAUGAUCCACACAAACCUUCAGGGAGAAGCUGUAGAUGUCAGCAUCGGGUUGAGGACGUAUUCCGUGGAGCUGAAGAAGACUUUCAUCACCACGUCAAGCCACACAACCAUGUUCAUCGAGAACAGGAGUAACAUCAGAGCCCAGUUCCAGUGGAAGACUUUUCCUAGUGAGGAAGAUGAGAAUGAAGAGAAGAGGAGGCAGUGUUACCUGCUGCGCUCACCGAGAGAGGCCAGCGUGGACAACACGACGGAAGAGAGAAGAAGAGCGAAGAAGAAGGGUUCCUGUGAAGAUCGCCGCGCCAUCCUGAAGAGCAGCGUCCGGGAGAAGAUGAUGAAGCUGAAAGAAGACCCCAUGCUAUUCUCCAGUGAUGCUUUUUCCCUUGAGCCACUGGAGGGAGAGAUCGAGCCAAACAGUUCAGUCCAAAUCAAGGUGACCUUUAAACCCCUAAAGGCCCGAGAGUAUCGAAGUGUGGCCUACUGCAACAUCUCAGGCCGUGGGAGCAGGCUGCCCCUGCACCUCAGAGGGGAAGGCCAAGGACCCGUGGUUGAAUUCAGCCGUCAAAUGCUGAAACUUGGGAACAUUUCUGUCAACACCUCCCACGUCUAUGAGGUGAAACUGAUGAACCGAGGAGCUAUAGAUGCUCCCUUCACCUAUAUCCCUUCAGCCACAAACGUGGGCUGCUGCUUCAAGUUUGCACCCGAGGAGGGCGUCAUUGCAGCAGGUGGGAUCCGGACGAUUCACAUCUCCUUCAAUGCCACCGUCCUGGGGAGCUUUGAGGAACAAUUCCAGUUCCGUGUGGCUGCAUCUCCUACGCCUGUGACCCUGACAGUCUGGGGCUGUGUCACUGGACCUGCUUUACACUUCGACCUCCAUGAGCUCCACUUCGGUGACAUCUCCUUUGGCUUUCCCCGCACCAUGACCUGUCGUCUCACUAACACCUCCCCGGUGGCCGUGACAUUCAAGCUCCGCAUGUCGGACGAUGGCACGCAGCCUGCUGUCAGUAGCUUGGAUCAGAUAUGCAAGGACAGUGACCCAUCCUGGAGGAAGGGAAUUCAUUUCUAUGUGGAGCCAAGGGAGUUUACAAUGAAUCCCAGCCAAGGGACCAUCCUCCCCCAGGGACACCAGGAUAUCGAGGUGACCCUGUGCUCCAACACGGUGAUGGAAUACUACCGGAAAAUGCUGGUGGACCUGGUGGGCCUGGAGGGUGUUGGCAAGGAAGUGGCAUCACUGAUCAUCACAGCCAGAUGUCUGGUUCCUGAGCUGCAAGUGUACCCCCAAAUCAUGCGCUGCAAUCAGUGCCACCUGAAGGAGCCAUACGAGAAGAAGUUCAUCAUCACCAAUAAAACUGACCUUCCUGGCUGCUACGGGCUUAUUCCCCAGAAACGCAAGGAGGACUCUCCUGUGUUGUACUCCAGCCCCAAACCCUGUGGCAUUGUCCAGCCUCACAGCACUGCAGAGAUUCCGGUUACAAUCGAGGUGCAAACAUUGGGCGAUCAUCGCACCAAUGUUCUGAUCGGCGUGUUUGGGGAUGAAAGAAACCCACUGAGAGCAGAACUCCUGAGCUCUGGAGAGCUGGCAGAAAUCUAUGGAACUCCAAAGAAGAUAGACUUUGGCAUGAUCCCACCGCUACAGCCGAGCUCACAAACUCUUACCCUCUUCAACAAAGGUCUUGUCCCUGUAGACUUCAGGAUAAAGAUUGCUGAAAAACCCCAGUGCUUUGUUCUUGAAACAGAAGAAGGAGUGAUCCCCGCUAGGGGUGAGGUUCCUGUGACUGUCACAGCCAUCCUGGAUGACACUGGGCAUUUUGCUGACUCCAUCCAGCUCUUCAUCGGGAACAGCUUUUGCUUCAGCUUCUUACUGAGGGCUAUGGGCACUGGCACCACAAUUGUUACAGACAAACCACUGGCCCCAGAGCUCAACUUGGGAUACCAAUUCAGCCACCUUCCCAGUACUCAUCAGUUCCAAGUAACAAACAGGGGCCACCAUUUCCAUCGGCUCUUCUGGAGCGUGGAAUGCUGGAGGCCACCCAAGAAGAAGGGCCAGAGCGUCUCAGCCCUCAGCAGCCCCAAGGCCGAAGAUGAUUUGGAGCCCCCCGGUCGUACAAGCGCCGUGUUCGGGCUGGAGCCAGGCUCAUGGGAGCUGCAGCCAGGCGAGUCUGUGGACAUGGUGCUGCGAGGCUUCUCCCACACCCCACAGGAGGUGCGGGAUUACAUGAAGUGUGAAGCUGUGGUUGGCACAAGUGUGGUGACAAAGAAGAUAAUAGAGACGAUCAUUAGCUGCAAGUUCAUAGAUCCCUCUAUAGAAGUAUCAGCCAGAAAACUCUCUUUCCGGGUGGAGAAGAAACCCAGUGAUGUCCUAACUCUGCAGUACCAGCCUUUGGCUUUAAAAAACACCUGCUCCCUGCCGCUCCACCUCGUGCUGGACGUGGAGCAGCCGUUUCUGGUCUGUGAUGAGGAGCAGCAGCCCCUCCCAGAUGGCCAGCCUGUGACAGUGGGUGUAGAGGAGACCUGCCAUGUCUACAUCGCAUUUGACCCAGCUUACAAACUGGAGCUUAAUAGCUGGCAAGAAAAGAAGAUUCUGAAGAUAGACAUGGUUAGGGACCAUCCUAAUGUGGAGCAUAUCGAGCUUUGGGGAGAAGUCCACUUCCCCAAUCUCCAAAUCCAGCCCAGCAGCCUGGAGUUUGGCUGCAUCGUGGCUGGCACGGAAGCAGUGCGCUCUCUGAGGAUGAGCAACUGCAGCCCCCUUCCUGUGGAGUACCACUGGUCAUUCCAGGCAGACAGCCAGGUGCACAAGUUCAGGCAUUACAUCCCAGUGGGGCUGGCAGGAUUCAGUCACUCCGUGGAUGUACCAUGGACUCCCCUCAAAGUGGAGAAGGCUUUCAGUAUCCUGCCGCUGUCGGGUGUGCUGCAGCCGGGAGAGAGACAGCAGGUCUCCUUCACCUUCACUGGCCACCUCAACACCAUGGCCCAUGUCACAGCGCUGUGCCACGUGGAGGGAGGCCCCACCUACGAGGUGAAGCUGAGCGGGGAGGCCUCACGUGUCAGCUACUCCCUGAGCGCCCGGGAGAUCAACUGCGGCUCCCAGAUGUUUAACGAAGUUCAUCACAGCACGGUCAUCCUGGCGAACACCAGCAAGAUUAAAUUCCACUGGGUGCUAGAACCCAGCACUGCAGACCAAGACCUGCCUGGUGUGUUUCUGGUCAAGCCCACCACUGGCUCCAUUGCAUGUGGCAGGAAGCAAGUGCUGAGAUUCUCUUACAUGCCAGGAGUACCAGGAGCCUUUAGCAGGACAUACCAGCUUAAAGUGGGUGACCUGGAGCCAGAAAAGAUCUGCCUGAAAGGAGAAGCGUCCUUUCCUAUGAUCAGUGUGAACCUGCCCUGGAACAUCAAAGGAAAUGAGAAAUGUGGAAAGCCACUACGGCUUGCAGAACACACGCAGCAAUACAGUGAGACCCUGAAAAUUCAGAUCCCAGCAGCUCAGCCCUUAAAAAGUCCAGAUGUGAAGACUGGGAAGCUGAAGCCCUGCAUGCUGGAAGGCUCUGACAUUGUAGCAAACACUCGGCUGCAGAUAAAGAUGAUCGAGAAGGCUGCUCUGGAGCUGCAGAAAAAGCUCACAUCCCAUCCCCCAAAGACCGAGUUCCCUGACAAAAAGCUGUGCCAGAGCCUUGUCAAAGUUGAGCUGCCAGAGUAUGUCCUGGACAUGGGCACUGUCCUGAAGGGUUUCACUGAGAGACGCACCCUGGAGAUCACCAACCCUGGGCAGAUCCCAGUGUCCUUCUGGGUCGAUGCAUCUGUCCUGCAGGACACAGGUUUCAGCGUGGACCUGGGCCAGAUGAAGAGUCUGCCCCACAUGCACACCCUGAGGUUUGAUGUGCAUUUUGAAAGUGCCCAGCAACCACAGGGUGACGUGGAUGUGCUGCUGCCCAUACAGGUAACAAAAGGCCCCACGUCUCACAUCCGCCUCCGUGCCACUGUCUUGGAACUGUCGCUCGACCUCUCCCAGAACACACUGCACUUCCCCAAUGUCCUCGUUGGGCAGUGCCAGGUUGAGACAGUCCAGCUCUACAACGGGUUCCAAGUGCCCUGCAAAUGGUUCAUCACUGCCAUCAAGCCUGUUACGAAGAGCAAUCAACUCAGAUACCUGACACGAGCCCAAGGUCAGAAGCAGCAGGCGCUGGAGGAAGGGCGCUGUCCCUUUGAAGUGACGCCCUCCAAAGGAACCCUUGAUGCAGGAGCGUGGCAGAACUUGCAAAUCCAGUUUGCACCCAAGGAGGAGAGGUCUUACAAGUAUGAACUGAAGCUUAACAUUCAUGGGAGCAGCAAUCACUUAAGGCUGCACCUCUCGGGGCAAGGUCUGGAGCCACGGCUGGAGUUCAGUCCCCCAGCACUAAAGAUGGGAUGGGUGCUGGUGGACAGCGAUGGGGUGGAGGCCACAGUGGUGGUGAAGAACCCAUGCAAAUUCCCCAUUGAGUUUUACUGCCUGGAUUUGGAUGAGCAGUACCUUGAGGAGGAGAAGGCCAGGACCCCAGAUGAGAAGGGCAGUUCUGCUGAGGGCCAGCCAAAGACAGGUAAAGCAGUGAGCAGAGACAAGUCUCCAAAGGGGAACCAAAUAUCUACAGAGAGAACAGAAAGUCCCUGGGAAUCCUCCAGCACAAGAUCCAAAAGUACACUGGAAGGUGCCUCCAUCCCCACAGAAUUCCUCAGGCUGAAACGGUACCGGUGGACAGUGCCUGCCCUGGGUGAGGUGGAACUGAAGGUCCACUUCUCCACCAAAAAGCCAGGGAAGUUUGAGCAGACGCUGAGGUUUGAGCUGGUGGGGACAAAGCGGCAGUACGAGCUGCCCUGCAGUGGCACCGGCCUGUACCCCAGCAUCAGCCAGAACCCACGGCUGGUGUUUCCACAGUGGAGGAAGACCAUGAAGGAAGGUGAAAUCAUCUUCAAGGAAUAUGUUGAGAGCACCAAGCAAUUCCACUUUGGACCGCUGCUGUGUGGGAAAUCAAGAGAGUGGUACAAGGCCCAGAACUGUCCUGGCAACUCGGAGAAUAUAACCAUCCUCAACAACUCCCCCGUGGACGUAGAGGUCCAGUUCUCCUUUGAGGAUGAUGAGAAAGCAGAGACCUUCCUUCUGGACCCUCCCAGCAUGACCCUGAAACCAAAGAAGAAGCAGGAGCUGACCAUUUGGGCAUACCCCACUUCCCCUGGCUUCCUGGAAGACAAACUCAUCUGCUGCAUUAACAAGAAUCCAGAGCCAGUGGUCUUCAGCCUGUGCUGCCAUGGGGUGCACGUGAAGCUGGAGGUCAGCCCCCUGGAGCUGUCUUUUGGCAAGCUGCUUCUGCACAGAACUGACAGCAGGACCUUGGUCCUGAAAAACAACACCCUACUGCCCAUGGCCUGGCAGCUCAGUGGGCUGGAUGACCUUGUUGAGGACUUCUCACUGUCACAAGAUAACGGCACCAUUGAUCCCCGCUCAGAGAUUGAAGUGACAGUGAAUUUCAAGGCCCAGCAGAUUGGCACCAUUGAGAAGAGCCUUCGACUCGAGGUUUCAGAUACAGAAAACAUCCUGGGGAUUGUUCAGGUUGAAAACAUCAAACUGUCUGCAGAGGUGUAUGAUGUUCUCCUGAGCAUGGUCCUGCCUGAAGAUGAAACCUUGGAUUUUGGAACCAUCAAUGUCCAGGAUAAUGUGAAGAACAUCCUGACUCUAACGAACAAAGGGAUGUACAACAUCGAGUACAGAUUGAUGCUGAAGGGUGCAGGUCCCAGGAUGCGAGACUUGGCGUCCCACUUCACUGUCAAGCCUCAGUCGGGCAAGCUGAUCGCCUCCCAGCCUGGUGUGAAUAUUGAGAUAUUCUUCCACCCCACAAGGGAAAUCCUCCUCAAGAACAGCCCCAUCCUGUACUGCCAGGUGAUAGAUGCCAUCUCAGGGGAAGGAGGCCAGACUGUCGCCAGCAUCCCAGUGAGGGUGUCAGCAAGAGCUGCCUACAGCAAGUUCAGUAUUGAGCCUGCCUCACCCAUCAGUUUCGGUGCCAUGAUGAAGGGCAGCAAGAAGAGCCAGACUGUCGUGCUGGAGAACACAGGCGUGAUCAGCUUCAAAUUCCGCAUCCACCGAGCAACCGAGGAUGAAUCUCCUUUGGAAAGCAAAAGUUCAAAGCAAGGGGAGUCUGUUCCAUCAGCUAGAAAGUGCUCAGCGGGAAGGAAAUCAAGCUUGACACAGCCUCUCCUGGAACUUCUUCUGCAGGGUCAGCUCAAUGUGGGCAUGUUCACGGUGUCCCCGUGCUCCGGCUCCAUCGCUCCGUGGGGCCAGCAGCAGAUCACGGUGGAGUGCCUCGCAGGGCAGGAGGGGACUUGUGAGGAGCAGCUCUACAUUGACAUCGUGGGCAGAGACCCCAGGGACAAUCCCCUCGGCAUUCCCUUUACCCUGACUGCCGAGUCCUGCCUGCCAGCAUUUGCUGAGGAUGCGAUGCUAAUCUUCGAAGAGUACCCGAUCUGCAGCAGCACUGACCUCAGCCACAAGCUGCUCUCUGUGCACGGUGUGGGCCUGUUUGUGAGAGAUGACAACAAGUUCAUCUUCAACAAGAUUCUGGUUGGGCAAGAGGCUGAAGCCCAUUUCAACAUCUACAACACAACUGGUCUGCCGUGUGACGUGGUCCUCUCCAUCAACCCCCUGCCUGGACAGGAAAAAGGCCCUAUCACCGUUUUCAAGUUGCAUCCUGUCCAGAUGUCCAUUCCCGGCUCAUCCCACGCUGUUGCUACAGUGACCUUCACCCCACCAGACGAGCAGAACUACGACUGCACUUUCAAGGCUUCCCUUGUCAUCCCCAAACGCUCUGUGAAAAUCAAGCCCCAAACCCUGAGCUUCACCAUCAGUGGGAGGGGGCACGAGCCGCAGGUGACAGUCGUGUGCCCAAGAGCUCGCAGCAAGAGAGGAAAUGCCGUGCUGCGCUUCCAGAGGCUCCAGCUGGGGGAUUUAGAGAUGCUCCCCCUGGUCGUCCGUAACAACGGCAUCGUACCUGUCAAGUUUAUGUUACACCUGGAGGAUGAGCAUGGAGCAUUCUUCUUGAAAGCCAGGCGCUCCACACUGGAGAGAUUCCACACUGAAGAUGUGGGAGAGGACUCUGUUGGAAAUGAGAGCAAGCCCCCAAAGAAGCCUCUCCUGCUUCUGCAUCGUGGGCAAUCGGCAGAGUUUGAUGUCAUUUUCGAUCCCACCCUGGCUCGACGUGUGGAAGGGAAGAUCCGUGUUUUAGUGGGGGACACCUACUCUGACAAGACCCUGAUAGAGCUGGUGGGUGAAGGCCACAAGGAUGAAUUCACCCUCAACUGUCUAGAGGAAGACCCACAGUUGAGGAAUGAUAAGAGCAGUUGGAACAAAGACAUCAUUGAUGCUGUCAGACUGAACCACAUCCAGUUUGGGGACUGUCCUGUUGGGAAGCCCUGCCACAGGACCUUCACCAUCACCAACCACACCGGCAUGACGUUCAUGCGCUUCGAGUGGGAGGCAGACGUCCCAUUCCAGUUCUGCCCCAGGGUGGGACAUCUCCACCCUGGCUGCACCAAGGCUAUCACAGUGACCUUGAAAUCAGAUGUCCCAGCCACCUUCAGGAGGCACCUUGUGAAAUGUAAGGUGACCAAGAUCAAGUUUGAGCUGCCACCAUGGAAGGUUCCAGACUGGGACGACGAAAUGUGCAUUGUCUUGUGGAACGACAUCACCGGGAAGGAGCCAGCAGCCCAAUGGCCUGAAAAAGAGAAGACAGUGGAGACAGUCCCGGAACCGGCUCACACUGUGCUGAAGAAGAGCGGCCAGGAGGCCGAGCUGUACCUCAGUGCCUUGGUUGCCUACGCCCAGUUCAAACUGGACACAGUCGUGGUUCAGCUCAAGGACACCUUGCCCUUCCAGACAAGGACAGCCACUUUCAGGAUGCACAACACAGGGAAGGUGGCCCUGGAAUACUUCUGGGAGGAAGCUGCACCUGCAGAUAGUGAAGCAGUGAGGAUGCCAUAUUCAACCACUCUGAUGAGUCGGCUCAGCUCUGCUCCUGUUGUAAGGCAGCGCAGAAAGCUGGUGCUUCGUUUCCGGAGGGAGCAGGACCAUCCUUUUGAGACGCAUCCUUCUGAGCUGCGGCGCCUACAGUGGCUUGCCAAGGAGCAGCAAGAUUCCGAGCAGGAACAGCUGCAGGAUUCCGAGCAGGAACAGCCAGAUUCUGACCAGGAGCAGCUUUCUGAGGAAGAGCAGCUGGAUGCCAAGCAGAAGCAGCGUUCCAAGAAGCGGUGCCACUCCAAGGAACGGAGUCUCUCCCCGCAGCGUGCCACUUCCUCCCUGGAAGUCCUCCCAGAUGUCACCCAUGACCAGUCACUGUUCUCCAUCAACCCCAACUUCGGCACCAUCACUCCUGGCCAGAAGAAGACCUUUCAUGUGCUGUUCUCCCCAAAGGAUGUGGGGAACUUUGAGACCACCAUGCAGUGCAGCAUUCCUAACCUGGAGCAGACUCACAGGACGGUGCAGGUGGUUCUGAAAGGCAGAGCCCGGGAGUGGAAGCGUUUUGGAAAACCAAAAUGCUCUGCCUUAGAGCAGACAGACGAAGGCCAGAGACACAAGAAGCAGCUGCACUGGCAACCAACACCAGAGUGA